UAGUAAUGCGAUCAAGCUACGAACAAAAACUACACUCAUGAUGUUGACUUUAUAAAAGUAUAGCAACCAGCCGUGUCGCAGACUAGUGUCAGUAGUGAAUUUACGGACGGUGCGCUGGGUAGCGACGCCGCCAGGUUUGGACUGGAGCUGGAGUGGAACUCGCUCGAGUCGACGCUUGCCUCUGACUGCCAGAGCUCGGCUUAGUUUUCAACCAGGCUACGCCUCGCAACUCCGUCCCACUCGCCGUCUUUCAAGGACCAGUACUAGCAGUAGUGCGUCGAGGACUCUAGGACGUUCCUGUGGAACGAUGGUCAGGGUUGCUCAACAGCUGUAGGCUCUAGCUCUGUAUCUAUCUCUUGCACUAGCAACAGCUGGAACGACAACGACGACGGCAGCGGCGGCGGUGUCAGUGGUGGCAACGGCUUAAGAGGCAUUUCCAGCGGGCGACGCAAGGAAACCAACAGAACCAGCGACGGCAGCAAUCGUCACGGUAACGGUACCAUAGCCAAUCAGCAGCAAGAUGGGAAACUCCGGUAGUAAGGGGCGUGACCUGCCCGAAAGUGUCACUGCCGGGCUCAAUCCCGCCAAAGCCGAUGCGCAGUCGGACGACGACCUGAAGUUUGAAAUACCGGAUAGCGUGCUGGAGAAGUUCACCAUGGACCAGGUGCAGAUACUGGUGAAGGCAAUCUACCGGUUGCCGAUGGUUACCCAGCCUCCGGAUGACGUCAUGGGCAGCAUGAUCAGCAGCACAGAGGUGUAUACGGUACGGCAGAGCGAGAAUGCCAAGCGUGUGCUGGAGCGGGGAGACAUGAGAACGCGCGGGCUGUUCAUCAUGUUGAGCGGCAAGGCCAAGAUGUACGUGAUGACGGAGCAGGAGCGGAACCUGACCGAUCCGGACGUGUUGUCCCGGGCACAGCAUCGCAUGCGUCACCUUCCAGCACCGCCUGCGCCCAGGGAGAUGUUCACCGAGGUGCUGACGACCGGGGACUUCUUUGGGGAAGUCCCCCUGGUGUUCGGUGUACCGUCCACCUUUGCUGUGGACGUUCAGCCCGGGUCUCAGUUUGUGUGUCUGCUGAAGGAGGCGUUCACCGACAGGUUCAUGCCCAGGAUUGACUCGCCGGAUGGGGAGAUGCAGAUGAGACUGUGGUCUGCACAUAGAGCGUACAUGGACUUGCCAGGCAACAUCUACUUCAAGCACAGUCUCUCGCGUGAAUUCACCAAGUCACUGCCCAUCAAUCCCAAGUUCUCCAGUCUAUGCAACGUACCGUCAUUCACCGGCCUGCCAUAUCGUCUACUGUUAGCACUAUCCCAGGAGAAGGAAGUCACUAUCUGUCAGCCAGGCAAGACAAUGUUCCGCAAAGGCCUGCCCAGCACGGAUCUCCACAUUCUCCUUACGGGCUGUGUACAGCUGGAGGAUCGUCAUGGCAAGGUACUGGCUGAGUUCUCUGCCAACUGCUCCAAGCCGGGGAUUGCCCUUGGAGAACACGCGUUCUGGCGAAGCUUGGAGAAUGCUGUGACAUGCAGAGCAAUGUCGACAUGCCAGUUUGUAUUCUAUAGCAAGGGACACCUUCUGAAGGUGCUGCGCAGUAUGAAGGGUGAGGAUGCUGAGUAUGGCAAGGCACACUUCAAGUCCCUAGUCGAGUCAUGGGAUGUGUUGCACAGGAACAUCCCGGACGACAUUCGCCAACAGUACCCACUGGGCUACAACCAGGACAUCCUGGAGUAUCGUCUUCUGCAAAUCCCAGCAUUCAGCAAGCUGCGCAAGGCCGAUCUCUACAAGCUGAGCCUGUCAAUGGUCGUGCGCAAGUUUACAAAACAGCAGAACAUAGUUCAGGACGAUUCUGAGCUAGCCUGCGUGAUCGUGUCUGGCAAAGCUCGACUCGUCCUGCCCAGUGGUCAAAAUGAACCGGACCUGAGAGCUGGAGACUGGAUGUGGUGCAAGAUGAUGGAGGCGGGCACGUUUGUCCAAGCGCUAGACGACGUGAUCGCCGCCCAGUUCCCCAGCGACCUGGUGCUGCAGUGCCUGUCCAAGUCACUCACGCACGUCGAGGGCUACAAGGACACCAUCUUCCUGCACGAGGAGGCGUUCGACGUGCUCGGAGGCUUCGCCGACAGCGAGGAACGGCCGACACACCCCGGCGACCUGGACGACUACGACCUGGAUGACCCGGACAUACAGGCGGCCAUACACGGGUACAACGUCUCCAUCGACCAGUUCACGGCCGACCGGCUGCUGCGCGGCGUGCACGCCAAGCUUGCCAAUCCCAAGGAGAGCGACGACGUGGACGAGCUCAAGCGCCUGGCCGCCGUCCUGACGCGCAUCGCGUUCCGCGACAACAUCGACCACCGCGAGUCCAUCGUCGACCCGGCGCUAGUGGCCCUAGUGGCGGCCGCUCACGCCGACGGUCGCCACCCCAGCAACCCCAACAACCAGCAGUAGCGUCGUCCCGACGACCGGUUGCCGAGUAGCAGCCGGUAGCCUAGCAACAGCGUACAUGCCAUGGCAACACUUAGAGUAGUAGUCGUACUGUAUAGUGUGAGCAACCACGUGAAGUAACUUAGCAACGUGUAACGUAGCAACCAGUAACCUAGCAACCAGCACCCGUCUAAUAUAUUAGGCGGUGUCCUAGCAACCACGUGACACGCCAAUCUGUCUCCUAGCAACCUCUAACAUUACGAACGCCCCGAGUGAGCCCAGCCAAUUGCAUUCUGAUUCCGGCGGACCAGGAAACAGACUCAGUCGCUGGUGAUGAAGACAUUCCCGACGAUGGAGACCCCUCCACAGGCGAGAUGCGUUUGGGGAAUCCUGAAAUACUCACACACACUUCCAAGACAUUGGCUUCGCGCAACGAUGGCUGGGGUGGUCAUACGUGCAGCCAGGCAUUGGUCUGCCGCAACACUGACUCCAACCAGACUGGCACGGGUGAAUCCCGACACGAUGACAUCAUCAGUAUCAAGGCGAGGCGAUAUGUCCAACAAAACGUACUACGACGCACGCAGAUGAACACAGUCACAUGAUGGGAAAACCGAGACAAACCGGGGAAAACCCAGAAAAUCCAGGAAAACCCAGAAAAUCCAGAAAAUCCAGAAAAACUAAGCCGACACAUAAGGACACUGUGUGUUACUGGAGAAAACAUUUCUAAGAGAGAACCAUCUUGAAAACCAGUCAUUUUAUGCACCUGACAGCAGCCUCCCGGAAAUCGUCGCUGUUAACAUGUUAGUGAGUCGUUGUCUAAUGUUACCGCUCUUGUGUGUCACACAUGAUGAUGGUGAUGUUGAUGUCCGGGUAUGGCAGAGUUCCGACGUGUUGUUAACACCUUGCUGCAGUGUAUAUCGACGACAAGCUCGAAACUGAAAUAGACAGCACGAACUGCUUGCAUACUCGCCGCCGCGGUGUCCGAGUGUACAGCGUGCAUAGCAAUGGGCGUGCAUGUUUUGGACACGUAUCACAUUCCAUUAUUACACUAGUAUGUGUUGUAUCUCCAAACCCCAUGUCAGAUUUUUAAGUAAGGUGUCCAUGACAGCAGUAACUACAGCAGUACUAUAAUUAUUGAUAUGAAGAAUUCAACACUGGCCAUACUUGGUAUUCUGGCAUGCACACACACGCACGCGCGCACGCACACGUCACAGAGCACUGUCCAUCUUCGUUGCAACCAGGCUGUAAAUUGUAGUUUCAUGCCCUUUUAGGCAAUCACCAGUAGGGAGGGCCUGAAUAUGCUCAAAAUUUCGCAUAUUAUGCUUUUCGCAUAUUGGCCACUUGCUUCAAAAUAUGCUUCGAAAUCACACAAAAGCAGAAAAAUAUGCUCGAAAUAUGAACUGAUAUCAGUGAUGCAAAUUCUUUGCUCCUUGUAGCAAAAUAUGCUACAUUUGGUACAAUAUGCUAGAUUUGCUACUUUAUGCGACCUUGAGUCGCGGACACUCUCUUCUCGGGUCAAAUUUUCGCCCCGUGUUUGGACGAGCAUUUUUCCUUCCGGGAUAAGUUUGGAAGUGUUCCCUGACCGAGCGUGCCGUGGUAAA